AUGGCUGCCCCUCUUCCUUUAGGCCCAGCCAAGGUGGUCCUCCUUGCUGUCCACUUUGCGACGCAAGCCGACAUCAACAGCCUGUCAUCUCUGACCGCGCAACAUGCCGCCGUCUUGCGCCAGGACCUUGUGCUCCGAAUUCUUCUUACACACCUCCCCGAGACGAUAAAGCCGGAACUGUACGUUUCAUUUGUUCUGGCCUUGACCACCGAUGACGCGCAGCCGUCGCUACUGGAUUGCCCCCUCGAUACCACCGUGGUCGAUAGCCUUUCGGACGAUCAAGCUUCUAGGAAAGUCAAGAAGCUUCGACUUAUACACCUAUCCAUCUCGGAUGAAGGAGUCAAUGGGCCGACUGAUUCUUUGACCUCUUUUCUGCUCCUCAGAGGCUACAGGAUGGACGAGGAGGCCGGCAUGCUCACCCAGCUACCCGACCUGCUCACUCCCUUCCUCCAACACUCCCCAGCCAUACAGACUUGGCUUGUCUCGACGGUGCUGCCUCUAUUGAGGAGAAAUCACGAAUAUUACCCCCAGAAACCAGUUCGAUACUCUCUCCUCGAAUUCCACAACCUGCCAGACCGAACCGCCAUCGAUUACCUCUUAGCCGAGACUGGACUUUUAGAGGACAGUUAUGACCUCGUUGGGCGCGACUUUAGUGGCUUAGUUGGCCCUUGGCUGUAUAACGAUAGCCGAUGGAAGCAGGAAUCUUUCAUGGACGCCUCGUCUACCGAGACUAGCGCCACGACAGUAAUGUCGUGCCCUGGUUGGGAACAGGCUCUCGAAUGGCUUGUUCUACAGGCGUCCAAGUCAUGGAGAAUUUCCCUUAAGGUAAUCGAACAAUGGGACGGUCCGGAGUAUAUCGAUUUAAUUGACGACGUCAAUAUGUGGUUCCAAGAGCCUCAACAACGCUACCUCGACCUUAGCUACGCCCAAGCCGCCUUGGCUUCUGCAUACCUGAUACCCGAGGCCACCGCAGACGCUCUGGAAGGUGCAUACAAGAUAUGCAGCAAGAUCGCGUCGCUCAUGGACCAAGGUUCGAAUGAAACUCUUCAAUCAGCAGCGUCUGUGCUGGCUCCCAUAGCCGAGCUUGACAGAAACGCUUUCCCUGGUGCCAAGACGGCCACUUACAUGAGGAAUGACUUGUUGAAGACCUCGAACCCCCUGACAAACCCAAAUUCUUGCUCAACCAACCUUUUGAUGGCGCUUGUCUUGAGCGCGUUCCUCUUGGCUCGCGCUGGCGUACCCUGCACCGUGAGAAGAGCCGGUGACCUCGUCUUCAUACAAGACCCGGGGGAGCAAAAGGGUGAACUUACGAGGUUGCUACGUAAUCUGUCUGCCAAUCUAUCAAAGACAGAUGACGCCUGCUGGAUUCGCGCACGGAACGAAAUCUUGUGGCUUCAGAACUGGGGCAGCGCAAACAGUACAAAUUCUGUCGGAUCUAUUCAGGGCGUGUUUGGGACCAUGUCCGCGACAUAUAUUGAGAUGGAGAUACUUAAAGCCCUACUCUCCAAUUCGCGCUAUACCCUUGCACGAUCUUUGUAUGAAGAUGCUCUAGAAAAACCUCUUCCUGCAGACGCCGUCCAGAGUACGGUACAAAACUGCGCUCUUGGCUCGUUCGAUAAUGCUUCCAACCCGAACCGGUCAAGGGGAGGACUCAAGAGGUGUAACGAAAUAAUCAACGCGUUCCCAAAGACGGUAGGAAAAGGACUUCCGAGCAUUAAACGAAUCGAGGCGCUACUAAAAGCGACACAUGCCCUCAGCGACUAUCGUCUUGUGCUUAAACAAGGCGAGCCCUUCAGCCCAGUCGUGCUUAGAGUACACUCGGACCCCAUCUCGAUUAUUGAAAGAGUCCUGGAGCAGAACGCAAAGGCGUACACGAGAUUGCAGGAGUUCUUGGAGCUUGGGAACAACAUGGUCAGUGCCGGCCUGCCCACAUCCAACAAACUCGGAAAGAGUCUCUCGGCCGCAGCUGGACAGGAUGUGGACCGCUUGAUGACGGAGAAACGGAUUGUCGCUAUGUGCAUCGAGGCAGCAUUGAGGGAGGACGAUUUCGAGACGGCAUACUCUUAUGUGGUCAGCCGCCUGGGUACAUCAACUUCCAUGACGCCGGAGGGUUGUGAUGAUGAGUGGUCAUGGAAGGCCGCUUUAGAUGCCGGAAAGUCCGCCCGCACCGAGACAUCUCAGAAGCCGACUCAUCUUGGAACUGCCAGUGGGAACCCUGAAAUUCGACACCUUGAACAGCGCAUCGAGUGUCUCGCCACGGCGUUGCGUAUCGCACCGGCAAACCAACUUCAAGAAGUCCUAAAGACCUUUCGCCGCUGUGAAGAGCAGCUCGACUCUGCGAUCAAAGAAGAAGCUGCCAAAGAGGACGCAUGGGAUGCCGCCGGCGAUCUUCGCAACCUCCCAGGAGCCUUCGAUGGGCCCGAUCCAGACAAGGCCUACCCGCCUCGGAAUAUCACUGCCAGCGCUGCUGCACGCCAGGCAGAUGAGUCACCUAUGUCGCUUUUCGAUCUUUCACGGGCGACGGCUCGAGUGGCAUCGAGGAAUUUGACCGCAUUAUCCAGCUUGCAAGGGAUUGCCCAAGGCACCACACAGCCCCAAAGUACUGAUGAAGAUGACCAAGAACAGCAUCGCACGAGGAAAAGAGACCAAUUAAGAGAAGCUGCAACUGGAACCUUGGUGUCUGGCGUCGGCUGGCUCAUUGGUGCGAGCGUUAACCGACCUACUAAUGACGACAAGUUGUGA